AAUAAAAUCGUGCUUCUCCAAGAACUGGGUGACGACUCGGGAAUUCGUUUGCUUCGCUUCACAAGCUGAUCGCGAGAGAGAGAGAGAGAGAGAGAGAGAGAUUAGCGGUUGAAGAUUUGCGGUAGAAACCAUGAGGAUCGUGCGCAGAGACUUGGUCCCGAAUGGACCCGGAAGCGUUAAGAUGGUGCCGGUUGAUUCGGAUGAUUUGUGGUUUGCUUAUAAUCUAAUUGCUCCUGGAGAUUCAGUUAUGGCUAGCACUGUCAGGAAAGUACUGAGAGAAGCGGCUUCUGGAGGAAGAGAUGCUGAGAGAGUCAAGCUGAAGUUGGAGAUAAGAGUCGAGGCUGUGGAUUAUGAUAAAGUGGGGUCUGUCUUGCGUAUUCGUGGAAAGAACAUUCUUGAGAAUGAACACGUAAAGAUAGGUGCAUUCCACACUUUGGAGCUUGAGCAGAAUCGGCCUUUUGUUUUGAGAAAGAAGGUCUGGGACUCACUGGCAUUAGAUGUACUCCGUCAGGCCUCUGACCCCGGAGCAAGUGCUGAUCUUGCUGUGAUUUUGAUGCAAGAAGGAUUGGCACAUAUCUUCCUUGUCGGUAGAAGCAUGACAACUUCUCGUUCUCGGAUAGAAACAUCGAUUCCUCGCAAGCAUGGACCUGCUAUAGCAGGUUAUGAUUCGGCUCUGAAAAAGUUCUUCGAUAAUGUUUUACAGGCUUUCAUGAAGCAUGUUGACUUCAAUGUAGUACGCUGUGCUGUUAUUGCCAGUCCAGGCUUUACAAAGGAUCAAUUUCAUAAGCAUCUGUUAUUGGAGGCAGAGAGAAGCAGUUGAGGCCCAUCAUAGAGAACAAGUCACGGAUCAUACUUGUUCAUACAAGCUCAGGAUACAAGCAUAGUUUAAAAGAGGUUUUGAAUGCCCCAAAUGUCAUGAGUAUGAUAAAAGAUACUAAAGCAGCUCAAGAGGUCCAAGCUCUCAAGGAUUUCUUCGACAUGCUCUCAAAUGGCGAGACCCGGGCAUGCUAUGGACCUAAGCAUGUGGAGGUGGCCCAUGAUAGAAUGGCUGUCCAGACACUCCUUAUCACUGACGAUCUCUUCAGAAAUGCCGAUGUAGCAACAAGGCGAAAGUAUGUCAAUUUGGUCAACUCAGUGAAGAAUUCAGGAGGCACUGCUCAUGUAUUUUCAUCCAUGCAUGUGUCGGGAGAACAACUGGCACAGUUGACUGGGAUUGCCGCCAUUCUUCGCUUCCCUCUACCUGACCUUGAUGAUAUAGAGAUGUGAUCCUGUCGUUGCGAUAAGCUCAGAGGAAGACAUGACAUAAGACAAGGAAGACGCAAUUUUGUCAAAAGUUCUAAUUAUGAACAGAAUCAGGAAUUUGUAUUUUGGCAAUCCUAUGAGCAUGUGUUUUAUAUCAAAGGAUGUGGUAUUGUAUUUUGUGCCAUUUGAUGGUUGUGGCAUUGGAUGUCUGAUUCUCUUGGAUAAAUCACGAGUUAAUGUAAAUGUUUUACGAUACGUUAUCAGUCGAAAUCCAAGGGCGAUACAUAAGAUUGAGUCUUGGA